AUGGCUCCCCAAACAGGUCGCCUUGCUGCCUUCACUCGCCCAUGCGGCCUGAUCUGGUUCUCCAUUACCCCUAGCGGUUUCAUCGCAUUUGAGGACACGACCAUCGUUCCCUCGCUUGUGGAAGCCGCUACUGGCGUCGUCCUCGAGCUGGGUCCCGGGCCAGGCAACCAGAUCCAUCGUUUCAAUUAUUCUGUCGUCAAGCAGGUCUAUGGGAUUGAACCCAAUGCUAACUUCAAAGCCGACAUUGAUGCCAAGUUGGAGAAGCAUGGCCGGCAGGAUAAGUAUAAGCUUGUUGUUGCUGGCAUUGAAGAUAGCGAUGUUCUGCGAAGGGAGGGGAUCACGGAAGGCAGUUUGGACACCAUCUUGUGCAUCCAAGUCCUGUGCGCGGUGAAGGAUCCCAAGACCGUGAUGAAGGAGGUGUGGAAAUUGCUGAAACCAGGUGGUAAAUUCAUAUUCUGGGAGCACGGAUGGAGUCGAAACCAUUUGACGAUUGUGGAGCAAGCGGUAUUGGAUCCGGCCUGGUCCACGUUCAUCGGGUGUCACAUGACUAGGAAUGUAUUGGGGGAUAUUCUAAAUGGUGGCGAGUGGGAGAAUCCCGAUGAGAUUGAGGAGCCUGAGGAUGCGUUUAGUUGUUUGCCUAGAAUUCAGGGUGUUCUUGUCAAGAAGGCUUAG